AUGUUCAACUUACGCAAUCUUCUUCGGUUGCCGCAGUCGCUAAAGCACAGCCUCACCCACACAGCAUCGUACCAAGCGCUAAGUAGCCCCAACGGGGAUGCCCCCACGAUGCCGCUCCGCCUUGUACUUCAGGUUCUCGCAAUCCAGCUCUUCUACUACACCACUGCUUUCCUUCUCAUUGGCAUGGUAGCGCUUCUCCUGGGCUGGGUGGGGGCCGACCCGGCGUUUUCCGUGGAAUGGAUCCUUGCACCGUCAGUGAUCCUCCGUUCGAUCUCAAACACCCGCACGCUCACACUCAUCGGCUGCUGGUGUCUCAUAGACGUGCUCACGGUGUGUUUCAUGUCACUCAUUCUCCAGUCGCGCUCGAAGAUCGUCUGGGACUUGGCCUUAUCCUUGCACAUCAUCAAUGUGCUCGUUGAUUGGUUUUACUUGGGCACUUUCCCCUCGCUCUGGACAGACACUGAGUGGUGGAUCUGGGAGCUUGUCAGCUGUGGCGCAAUGAUCUUGGCAAGCGUGCUAUUGAGCCGCUGGUCCGAAGUACGCGAGGGCUUCUUUGACGGAUUGCUCGACACCCCCGCCAAGACCCCGCGCCAACCAGACAUUGAAAUGGGUGUAGUUACCACCUCGCAACAAUAA